AUGAAUCCAGCUGUUACAAACAUCGCAAUCAUGCUUAUUGGUAUGCAAGUCGCCAAGAAGUUGGACUUUGAAGAUCCAAACGUCUUGUUCUACACCAGAGCAUUUUACAUUGCUUGUCAAGUGUCUACAUUUUUAAUCUACUUGUUCAUUAGACUUCAAGUUGACAAGAAGAACGACCUCACCACUAUAAAAUACGUUGAACCUGCUAACCCUAUGGCCGGUACCGAGGCAAGAGCUGUUGUCACCACCGUCAAGGAAUACGACAUGCAACAAAUCAACUCUCUCAUCAAGGGUAUUUUCACUGGUUUGGCAAUGAUGGGAUUCAUGCAUCUUUACAUGGGAUACACCAACCCAUUGGUUAUGCAAAGUGUCUCUAGUUUGAAGAGCGCUUUGGAAUCCAACAUGGCCAAGAUCCACUUGUACGGCACCCCAGCCACCGGUGACUUGAAGAGACCAUUCAAGUCUGCACCAGGCUUAAUGGAGAUGUUGACUGGUGCUGCUGGCGGAGUCCAAACCGAUAAGGCAUCUGUUGAAAGUGCCGAAGUCAGCGGUGCUGGUGGUAUUAAACAAGAUUAG